AUGCAGCCCUUCGGCAGACACUAUGUGGUGGUAAGACCUCUGUUUUCAGAGGACUCCUUCGCAGAACAGCACGAGAGGAUCAACAGGAACCGCAAAACUCUGCGGCACCAUCUGAAAGAUUAUUUCACAAGCUUGAGCAAAUUGUGUUUAUAUUGUUUGCACUGUAGUUGUGAUACAAAUCGUGCAAAGAAUGCAGCUCUUUCCCUUCUACCGAUCAUUGGAUGGAUGAAGAACUACAACAUCAAAGAAUGGCUGCUAGGUGACAUUGUUUCAGGCAUCAGCACUGGGCUAGUGGCAGUGCUACAAGGACUUGCAUUCUCUUUGCUGGCCUCUUUACCACCGGGAUAUGGACUGUACACUGCAUUCUUCCCUGCAAUAAUCUACUUCUUUUUGGGAACCUCCAGACACCUGUCAGUAGGGGCCUUUCCUAUUCUGAGUCUAAUGGUGGGCGCUGUUGUCACCCGACUGGUUCCUGAUGACGGGCCGCCAGCUAACAUCACUGGAUUUGAAGGAUUGAGCAUGGAACAACAGAGAGUUCUAGUUGCUUCCUCAGUUACUUUUGUCAUGGGAGCAUUUCAGCUUAUAAUGGGGCUGCUGCAGGUGGGCUUCAUUGUCAUGUAUCUGUCAGAGACUCUGGUGUCAGGAUUCACUACUGCGGCUGCUGUUCACAUUUUGGUAUCCCAGCUCAGGUUUGUGUUGGGAUUGGACUUUCCUGGUAUAAACGGACCACUUGCCAUUGUAUAUACUCUGGAGAAUGUUUUUAAUGAAAUCACUAACACGAAUGUGGCCGACCUGGUGACAUCUAUUGUGAUCAUGGCACUUGUGCUUAUUGUGAAAGAGAUCAAUGACAGAUUCAAGUCGAAACUACCUGUGCCGAUACCUAUAGAAGUCAUCAUGACUGUUAUCGCUUGUGGGAUCUCUUAUGCAUUCAACUUCGAAAAGCGAUUUAAUGUGGUUGUGGUUGGGGAGAUGGUAGACGGAUAUGAAUCACCAACUGCUCCAAAUCUGGAAGUCAUUAAGGAGAGUGCAGUGGAGGCUUUUCCUAUGGCCAUAGUGGGAUUUGCUGUGGCUUUCUCAGUAGCUAAAAUAUACUCCGUCAAACAUGACUACACGAUUGAUGGGAACCAGGAGCUCCUUGCUUUCGGGGUGAGCAACAUGUUUGGGGCAUCUUUCCGAUCAUUUGCUGCCAGCACAGCCCUUUCUAGAACCGCCAUACAAGAGAGCACAGGAGGGAAGACGCAGAUAGCUGGAGUUCUUUCAGCCAUGAUGGUACUGAUUGUGAUUGUAGCAGUAGGAUUUCUACUUGAGCCGUUGCCCAGGUCUGUUCUGGGUGCUUUGGUCAUUGUUAAUCUGAAAGGCAUGCUGAUGCAGUUCCGAGAGCUGCCGUUCUUAUGGAAGAAUGACCGAACUGAUUUUGUGACCUGGGUGGUGACCUUCUUGGCCUCUCUUUUCCUGGGGCUGGAUUUGGGGUUGGCUGUGGGUCUCGGGGCAGAAUUGUUCACUGUGGUCUGCAGGACUCAAUUCCCACGCUGUUCCCUCCUGGCCAAUAUUACAGGAACUGACAUCUACAGGGAUCGCAAAGACUACAGCUCUAUUUACGAACCUGAUGGAGUUAAAAUAUUCAAAAUUCCCUCACCCAUCUUCUUUGCUAAUAUUGAUUUCUUCAGAGACAAACUGGUCCAAGCAGUGGGUUUUAGUCCCCUAAAAGUGUUGAAGAAAAGGAACAAAGCUCUGCGAAAGAUCAGAAAAAUGUUGCGUAAUGGGGAACUGGAGGUUUCAGACAGAGGCCUUAAGGUGAGAGAACCAUCAACUGAUACUUCAGAAGACAACAACAGCAUGGAGGGUCUGGACCAGCCCAUUGAUUUCUCUGGCAUUCCAAUCCAGGUGAACUGGAACACAGAACUGCCGGCCAACAUCUCUGUCCCUCCUGUGAACAUCCACAGUUUGGUCCUAGACUUCUCGGCGGUCUCAUUCCUCGAUAUAUCUGCUCUCAAGGGUCUCAAAGCGACCCUGAAAGAGUUUUUACGAAUCGAGGUUGACGUCUACAUAGUUUCGUGUGAUGUGUACAUCAUGGAGAAACUUCAUCAAUGUUCAUUUUUUGAUGACGAGAUUAAGACGUCCAUCUUUUACCCCACACUACAUGAUGCCAUGUUGCACAUUCUGGAGACGCAUCCAGAUCAUGGAGAACUAGAAAAGGAUAUAGACUUAAACUACGAAGUCAUUCAGAGAGACAGUAUAACUGUGUAA